AUGGCGCUUGUCAGUAACGCCGCGUCUUCGCGCGAUGAGGAGCUUCGUCGCCUGAUGCCGCCCCCUCCGCCUCGACCGCCCGGCGCGGCACCUGCUCCCAAGCCGAAACAGCCCAUCGUACUGGACGAGGACACAUACACACAGCAGCUUGAAGCCAUCAUCGAGCGCGACUACUUCCCGGAGCUGCCUAAGAUGGUGAACCAGCUAGAAUGGCUUCGCGCUGUCAACAGCGGCGACAUUCGUGAAAUGCAGCGCGCACAGCGCAACAUCGCACGCCGUCGCGCAGCAGCAGCUGCUGCUGUUGCUGCAGCUGCUGGCGCCACACCAGCUCCAGGCAGCAUCGGCGGCGACACUCCAGGCCUGCUUCCGCCCUUCCACACGCCAGGCAACGGCGCCGGCUGGGCAACAGCCACGCCAGGAACUGCACUGCUGCGUACCCCCGCCAUGACGCCUGCUGUGGGUGGCGGCGGCACGGGAACGGAAGCCGCCGCCGCCGCAGCAGCGGCCAACGUCGCUGCCGUCGCUGGGGGAGCUACCUCGGCGACGGCAACCCCCGACGAUCUCAGCCUGGACGCGUUCCUCAGUCGCUACACAUCCGAGGACAAUGCCUCCUUCCAGGCUAUCCUCCAAGAGGACAACCGGCGGAAACGUGCAAAGGUGCGGCACCAUUUGGAACGCCCCGACCCGCGCGACCCCGAAACCCGGCAGCUGCUGCUAGAGGGUCCCAAGGACCGGCCCUCGGACGAGUACGGCACUUCGGGACAGAUGCCCAUGACGUUGUUGCCCGCUCCGGAACCCGUGGUCAACGCCCUCUUCUAUGACUCCAGCCAACGUCCUGAGGUGCCCUUCUCAGCUAAAGAGCUGGCAGAUCGAGCCCUCGGCCCGCCCAAGGAAAUCAAUCGUGCUGGCACGAGGCUCAAGGCGCCGCCUGAGGCGCCACCACUGACGGUGGCGGCGCCAGUGGCGGCAGCGGCUGCCGCCGCCGCCGCGGCUCUUGCCAACGGUGAAGAUGCGGCGGCGGCAGCCGCCGCUGCCGCCGCGGCCGCAGCAGCCGCCGGUGCGCCAGCGGGCGCGCCGAUGCCCGGCGGGCUGAUUGGCACGGUGGGCUACGCGCCGAUGGCUACUCCAGCUCUGGAGGACGUCAUGGCGUCUCCAUUGAUGACGUGGGGCGACAUUGAAUCGACGCCGCUACGUCUGGGUGCAGACGAUAUGCCGGUAGACCUGGAGGCGAUGGUGGGGGGCGGACCGAGCUUCCGGGUGCAGGGUAUGUCGGAGCGAGAGCAGGCGGCCCACCGCCUGGCGGCAGCGAAGGCGGGCAGCGGCACCGCGGCUGGCAGGGCCAUCACCGCCCGCGGCUCCACGCCGCUCCUCACGGCGUUGCGACGGGCCGCGACGGGCACUGGUGGCGGAGCGGGCGCCACCGCACGCGCUGGCGCCACCGGAGGCAAAACGCCGCUGGCUGUGCCACUUUCGCCAGCGGCACGGCAGCUUGCGGCGAACAUAAAGGCAGGUCUCACGCCACGCACAGCCAUCGCCGGCGGGGGCGGCCCACGUGGUGGUGGCCAGCACGGCCACCACCAUCGAGGUGGUGGCAGCGGACGUGGCGGUGGUGGUGGUGGUGGUGGUGGCGGCGGACACGCUGCUGCUGCUGCUGCCGCGGCGGCGGCCGCCGCUGCCGCCAAGGCCGCUGACCUGGGCCGUGAAGAUUCCUCACCCCCGGUCUAUAUCAGUCUACAUGUGGGCCUUCAUUCUCCCCCCCCACACACACACACACUGUGA